AUGCUUCGUUUACGAGUGCUUUAUCGUACAAUGUGCCAAAAAGUUGUGAAAGAAAAUUUGUCCGUUUUAGAAACAGCUCGUCUUUAUGCGCCUCACCUAGGCGUUGAUUAUAAAGUGGUGCACAAAUGGUUGGUUAAACAUCCAGAUUUAAUGGAGUUGGAAAAGGAAGAAACAGUGAGGAAAUUGAGUUACCUGAAGUACGUGUACAUACCUCCGCAAGAAAUCUUAGAAAAACCCAGCAUUUUGUUCAAUCAUUUGAUAACGAUUGAAAAUCGCACUACAAUUUUGAGGGAAUGUGGCAUGGUAGAAGCACUAACGUUAACCGUCAUCGAGAGCUAUAUCAAACUGGUGCGUAAAAACGUCGACGUUCUAAAACGCCACAAUUUGAUUCCGAAAGACCUCAAUAUGUAUGAGCAACUGCAGCGUCAGUUCGAAUGUCCUGUCGAACCGAAGCUUCACUGGGACGAUCAAACGCUGCUGCAAGAAAUGCGAAUUGCGUUCUUUAAUGAGUUCCUUGCGAAGCGGCUGGAUUUAAGCACAGCUGACCUGGAGAAAUUGUGGAGAUCGUAUUCUAAGAUUAAACACAAAAGCUUCGGGCAUACCCAGCGCGUUAUUGAUAUUCUGCAAUACGAUUAUAAGUUCAGCCGUGACAAAUUGGUUGCCAAUUUGUACCUCUUGCAUGCGGAUCCGGAAAACUUGCUGCGUUUUCCCGAAGAAGUACCAACGAUCGGUGGAGUCGACCUGAAGGAGGUCGUAGCAAAGUAUCCCAAAGUGAUGAUGGUGAAUCACAGUUCCGUUACUAGGGUUAUCGAAAUUUUGAACCAGCUUAACAUACCGGACAUCGAGGUGCUGAAGUGUUUAUCCGUGCUUACGCUAUCACCGAAAACGAUCCAAUACCGGCUUGAGCGGCUAAAGAAUGUGAAAGAGUUUGAGGUGCUGACGAAGCAUCCGCGAGUUCUAAAAUUGAUACAAUACCAAACGAAGGCCACAAUACGAUUGGAGUACUUGCAACAACUUAAGGUGCGCUGCGCCUCGCUGGACGUACUGUCGAGUAAUGCUCACAAUUUCGAGAGGUACGUUCGGGAAGGGUGCGAUCGAACGAAAGGCAAAGAUACGGGCCACUUUCUGAAGCACAUAUUCAAAGAAAGCGGUGAAAUCGCGCUACAAAAGCUGAAACGCCACCCUAAUUGGUUUCACGUACCGAUCGUGCAAAUGCAGGAUACUGUACAGGCGCUGCUAAACAAAAAGUACUCUCUGGAAGACAUCCUCAACAAUGUUCACAUCUUACUCUACCCACUAAAUCGGAUAGAAGAGAAACUCUUCGCGCUUACCAACGACGAUCAGAAGCUACAAGACGAACUGGGUGUCGAAUUUUACAGAGCUAACAAAUCGCAAUUGCUGGCACUGGCGCUUUAUCUGGUGGAGUUAGAUUUCCACUUCACCGGCGACGGAGUGUGGCCGGAGCAGAUGCAACAGAGUGAUUCAAGCUCCUCGAUUAACGUAGAACUCCCGGCUAGCUUGAGUAAUGAAUACAAAUUUGGAAAGAAACCUCCCAGCCCCUCCGGAUAG